CAGCAGAGGGCGCAGCGCCCAGGCUUGUCUGUCCCGCUGGGUGGGAGGGGGAGCCCUCCAUCCCUCCAUCUCUCCCCCCUUCUUUUCCCGGGAUAUCUCCACCCCCACCCCCUCCGCGUCUCUUCUUCAGUGCUCAGAUCCGGACGGCGCUGCGGCCAGGUCGCCGGAGUCGCGGUGCGGGCGCUGCCUGGGGGGGCGGCAGAGCUCGGGCGGCGGCGGCGGGCGCGUUGGUUGGCCUGGAAAGGAAGACUCGCGUCUCCCUGAACAGCCGACUCUGGGAGAAGCGGGAAAACAACAACAGCGACGACCCCCCAACGCCUGGCGGCGGCCCCCGAGAACACCCCAGGCGAGCCCGCCGCGGCCGUGCACCACGCAGCGGGGCGGCGGCGGGAAGAAAGCGCAGCCGGCGGCUUUUCAUGGACAAACGGCUUCUCCCGCGUCCUGGCCGGCAGCCACAAAGCGGCUUCUGAGCGGACCGCAGGGACCGCCUGAGCAGCCCGAGUCCCCGAGAGCCGGGGCUAGCCGGGGAGACAAGGCGCCCCUUUGUGUGCCUGGAGGGAGGCGGGACCCGGACCUUCUGCUGGGCUGCGCUGGCAGGACGAGGAGGGGGUCCGGAGCGGAGGACGGCGCCUCCCGGCAUGGCCCGCGCCUUGGAGCUCUUCCCUCAGCUGGCCGCUCUGGGCGCCGCGGCGUUCUUGGUGGCCUUCCCCCCACUCCUUCGGAUGCCCGGGGCCGCAGGUGCAAUGGAAGUUCCUCACACCAACGAGCCUCUGGGGCAGCUCGAUGGACCUGACAGCCCCCUUCCCACACCGACAGGUUACUUUCUGAACUUCCUGGAGCCCGUGAACAACAUCACCAUCGUCCAGGGCCAGACAGCCAUCCUCUACUGCAAAGUGGCCGGAAACCCCUCCCCCAACAUCAGGUGGCUCAAGAACGACGCCCCGGUGGUCCAGGAGCCGCGCAGGAUCAUCAUCCGCAAAACGGACUACGGCUCUCGCUUACGGAUACAGGAUCUGGACACCACCGACACCGGCUACUACCAGUGUGUGGCCACCAACGGUGUCAAGACCAUCACCGCCACUGGAGUCCUGUUCGUGAGGCUCGGUCCAACCCACAGCCCGAAUCAUAAUUUUCAGGACGAUUACCACGAAGACGGCUUUUGUCAGCCCUACAGGGGGAUUGCCUGUGCGCGGUUCAUCGGGAACCGGACGAUUUUUGUGGAUUCCCUGCAGAUGCAAGGAGAAAUGGAAAACCGAAUUACAGCUGCAUUCACCAUGAUUGGCACUUCCACUCAUUUAUCUGAUCAGUGUUCCCAGUUUGCCAUCCCAUCUUUCUGCCACUUUGUAUUUCCGCUGUGUGACGAGUGGUCCAGGACUCCCAAGCGUAGGGAGCUGUGCCGAGAUGAAUGUGAGGUGCUGGAGAAUGAUCUGUGCCGGCAGGAAUAUAACAUUGCCCGCUCGAAUCCCCUCAUCCUCAUGCAGUUCCAGCUGCCCAAGUGUGAGGACUUGCCACUACCUGAAAGUAUCGAGGCUGCCAACUGCAUGAGGAUCGGCAUCCCCGUGGAGCGGCUCAACCGAUAUCACCAGUGCUACAACGGCUCCGGCUCGGACUACAGAGGGACCGUCAGCAGCACGCAGUCAGGCCAUCCGUGCCAAGCGUGGAGCGCGCAGUCCCCGCACAGUCACCCUCUGUCCAGCGUGGACUUCCCCGAGAUCGCCGGGGGCCACGCCUACUGCCGCAACCCUGGAGGCCAGAUGGAGGCUCCCUGGUGCUUUACGCGGAAUCAAAACGUACGCAUGGAACUGUGUGACAUUCCUUCCUGUAGUCCCCAGGACAGCAGCAAAAUGGGAAUCCUCUACAUCCUGGUCCCUAGCAUUGCAAUCCCAUUAGUCAUCGCGUGCUUGUUCUUCCUGGUCUGUAUGUGCAGAAAUAAACAGAAAGCAUCUGGUGCCACCCCUCAGCGACGCCAGCUAAUGGCGUCCCCAAGCCAGGACAUGGAAAUGCCACUUAUUAAUCAGCACAAACAGGCCAAACUCAAGGAGAUCAACCUGUCCUCGAUCAGGUUCAUGGAGGAGCUAGGAGAAGACAGAUUUGGGAAAGUCUACAAGGGCCACCUCUUUGGCACCACACCAGGGGAGCAGACACAAAUCAUAGCCAUUAAAACACUUAAAGACAAAGCAGAAGUACCUCUCCGAGAAGAAUUUAAACAUGAAGCCAUGAUGAGAUCGAGGUUGCAACAUCCAAAUAUUGUCUGUCUGUUGGGAAUCAUGACCAAAGAACACCCUGUCAGCAUGAUUUUUGGUUAUUGUUCCCAUAGCGACCUGCAUGAAUUCUUGGUUAUGAGAUCUCCCCAUUCAGACGUGGGAAGCACUGAUGAUGAAAAGACAGUUAAAUCCACAUUAGAACCAGCAGACUUUUUUCAUAUCGUAGUACAAGUAGCUGCGGGCAUGGAGUACCUUUCUAGCCACCAUGUCGUCCAUAAGGACUUGGCGACCAGAAACAUACUUGUGUUUGAUAAGCUCAGCGUAAAAAUAUCAGACUUGGGUCUUUUUAGGGAAGUGUAUUCUGCCGAUUACUACAAACUGAUAGGAAACUCUCCCCUCCCCAUCCGUUGGAUGUCCCCUGAGGCAAUUAUGUAUGGCAAAUUUUCCAUUGAUUCUGACAUAUGGUCCUACGGAGUGGUGUUGUGGGAGAUCUUCAGCUAUGGCCUACAGCCAUAUUGUGGAUAUUCUAACCAGGAUGUUAUUGAGAUGAUAAGGAAUCGGCAGAUUUUGCCCUGUCCCGAUGACUGUCCUCCUUGGGUCUAUACAUUGAUGAUAGAGUGUUGGAAUGAAUUUCCCAACAGAAGACCAAGAUUUAAAGACAUACAUAAUAGACUGAGGACAUGGGGGAAUAUUUCUAAUUACAAUAGUUCAGCCCAGACAUCUGGGGCAAGCAAUACCACACAGACAAGUUCUCUUAGCACAAGCCCAGUGAGCAAUGUCAGCAAUGCUAGAUACAUUGGACCCAAGCAGAAAACUCAGUCUUUCCCUCAGCCCCAGUUCAUUCCAGUGAAAGGGCAAAUAAGACCUAUGGUCCCCCCUCCUCAGCUCUAUAUACCGGUGAAUGGUUAUCAGCCAAUGCCAGCUUAUGGUGCUUAUUUGCCAAAUUUUUACCCAGUCCAAAUUCCAAUGCAAAUGGCCCCUCAACAGAUGCCUUCCCAGAUGAUCCCCAAGCCGGGAUCCCACCACAGUGGCAGCGGCUCUACAAGUACAGGCUAUGUAACAACAGCCCCCUCUAACACCUCUGUAGCUGACAGGGCAGCCCUUCUUUCAGAGGGAACCGAUGAUGCUCUCAAUACAGUGGAAGACAUAGCUCAGAAUCCUGUCCAGGAAGAAGAGGAAGAAGGCUCUGUUCCUGAAACAGAGUUACUAGGUGACAAUGACACCCAUCUGCAGGUGGAUGAAGCAGAAGUUCUCUCAGAAGCUUAGGGAAAGGAGGCGGCCUCUUCAUUUGGUUUCAGCCUGUUUAUGGGGCCAUUUUUAAAACUGACCCUACAAGGACUGUACGAUCAAUGAUUUGAUCAGACAGUUUGGCCGUCAUUGACAAAACAGAAUGCAAAUACUAGAUGCAGCAGUAAUGCUAUUCCCGAGGUGCUGAUGAGAUUAUUGCAGACUUGAUAAUACAGAACUGCUGUUUUACUUCUGUCAAUCCUCCUUGAGAGAGGCUGCUCUGAGAGAUAAGAUACUGUUGCUGUGCAACAUGUUGCAGAAUAGCCUUGCACAUUACGUCUAUCGUGGUCUGUGAUUGUAUUUUUAAUCCAUAGUUUCCAACCUGGACAGGGAGAGGAGAGCAUUGCUCUGAGAACACUGAAGGGAGGUAUAACCAGGAUAAACAAUUUAGUGUACUUUAUUCUUUUCCCUCAUAUGAUUUUUUUUAAAGCCAUAGACAUUUCUUUCUAAUAAAAAAACAACCUUAAAGAUUCUUUAUCUCUUUGGAUCAGAAUGGCUCAACACUCUGAGGAAACAGUUAAAGAAGCAGAGAGCACUGUUCCCAGUGAGUGAUGUGCCAGAAGUUUCCAAAUAAGGUCGGAGCAUCCAAGCUUUUUCCCCUUGGCUGCAUUACUCUUUUCUCCCUCCAGUGACUUCACAACUCCAAAAACAAGAAUGGGAUACAUACUGUGUGCUGCAAACCUAACCUUUGCAGCUCUGUGUUUGUUAUCAAAUAUGAAAGAAGUUUAUGAAAAGAAGCCUUCUUAACAUAUUUAAAUUGGUGCCUUAAAACAUGUAUUUGAACAAUCAAAUUAUUUUAAUGAUUCUGCAUGUCUAUCUUCCCACUUUUCUUUACUUUAAGGGAAAGUGGCUCUUGAUUUUGGAAUGUCCAAAAGAUAUUAUACAGAAUGCAGUUUUACUUAAGAUAAAUCAUGUACAGAACUUCAAAUGUAAUUUAUAUUUUAUUACAUUUUAUAUACCGUUUCACUGAAGUAUUUUCAUCCUAAAUAAUGAUUUUGUAAUUUAACUCUUUUAAUUGUCCAUUUGAGGAUGCAAUUUUAUUGUAUUUUAUAGUGUUCAUUUUUAUAAAAUUUGGAAAUAAGGUCCAUUCAUUUCAUGAAUAAUUCUAUUAAGACACAUACACACUACAUUGUGUCUCGUACACAUCAUAGUCAUAACGUGUAAAUCCACUAUCUGUUGGAUACAAUAAAUUCACAGAGAAAAUGUGAUUGAUUAAUUUAUCUGGAGGACUCUUGUUUUUUAUGGUGGCAAUAAAAUGUUGGAAAUGA